AUGACGACACAUACGCACAAGCACAUUCCCACAUCGGCCACAUCACAUCCUGACAACCCGAUACCAAUGGAGCCCAUCGCCAUCCCACAAGGCACUAUGUCGCCGUCUAAGAGAUCUGUCCAUUCACAAUCACAAUCACCACGUUCGUCUGGCGACUCUCUCAGCGAGUCAAUGGCUUGGUCUGAGGGAACUCUCGAAUCAGAGGUCUCGACGCCCUCGACCGAAUUGCAAGACCAAUUCGAUAUCAUGACGCCAAAGAACAAGAAGACCUCGGGUGAGAAAGAGGGCACCAAGCGUCGCGCCUCAACACAUGUCAUCACAUCGUCAGCCGACCAAAUUCGCAAAUUACUCGGAACUGGAGAGACUGGUACCAAGUUUUUGCAGAACUACUGCUGUGGACCUGACUGCUGCAAACUCAAGAUUCUCCCUCCGGACACAACCCGUCCCGGUUUUAUCCCUGUUGUGGUCCCUGACAACGACGCCUACCGAGGUCUCAAUCUAAACAUCAACGCAUUGACUCUUGACACCGGUCUGAGCGAUCUUGUGGAGCUACCCAAGCCUAAAAUCUCCCUAGAGCCAGUCUCCAAGGAUGAGGCUGCUGACCACCACAGCACUGUCGACGUCCAUCCCCCUACCUUUGUUCAGCCCCAUCCUCCUUACGAUGUCUACUCCGCACCGGUUUUCCACGCUCGCCAACUCACCAACGAAGGUGCAGAGAAGCGUACCGUGCACUUCGAUAUUGACAUCACGGAUUACCCUAAGGAAGGAGACAUCGAUUUCAAGGUCGGCGGCGCUGUAGGUAUCUGUCCUCCAAAUGACGCUUCAUCCGUCGACACCAUCUUCAACCAUAUCGGAACCCCUAAAUUCGUGCGAGACAAGCCCGUCGUACUUAAGACAGAAGGAGGACGAUGGCCUACAAUCUGGGGCGAUGAGAAGCCUCGUGAGCUGCUGACCACACGCAGAGAGCUUCUGACAUGGUGUGUUGAUAUCGCAUCAUCUGCACCUACCAAGCAGCUCUUCCGUGUUCUGGCCGAAUAUGCAGACGCAAAGAAUGAGCGCAAGAUUCUGGAAUAUAUGUGCAGUGCUCAAGGACAAGGCGCUUUCUGCGAUCUUCGCAUCGGUCCGAGCAUCACUCUUAUUCAGCUUCUCGAAGCCUUCCCUUCAUCGAGACCGCCAUUCGAGAUGCUUGUCAGCUGCUUGAAUCAGUUGAUGCCUCGCUUCUACUCUUUGUCCAACGAUCCACACGUAUCUUCAGACAGAGAAGGCCUUGCAGGCAGACGUAUUAUCGAGAUCGCAGUCACUGUUCACGAAAAUCCCAGCUGGGGUGGAAAUAUGCGAACUGGAGUCGGAUCUGGUUACCUAGAGCGUGUUGCCCGAUACUUUAUCGAUGCCGAGAAGAAUGCAAAGCAGUCGGGUGGUGAACUUGAGAUGCCCAGUGUACGCAUUCCCAUGUUCCGUGGUCUGAUGGCAAACCCCCUCUCAAAGAAGUUUGACUCGGAUGGCCCGAUGAUCAUGAUUGGCGCUGGAGUUGGUAUGGCACCCUUCCGAGGCUUCAUCCUCAACCGUCUCCGCAACUCGAAGUGCGCCAACAAGAUCUGGCUCAUCCAGGGUGUGCGCGACUCGACCUUGGACGAAAUCUACUCUGGAGAAUUGGGUGACCACGAACAACAGAUCAAGAGAGUUGUACAGUCUCGUGCCAAACUUCCGCCGGUUGAUCAAAGUGAUGAUGGUGUGGUCGACAUCCAGCCAAAGAAGGGCGGUGAAGUCACCGGCAAGGUUGUCUCAGACUCUCAAGCGAACAAGGUAGCCAAGUACGUCCAGGAUGAAGUCCGUCUGCAGGCAGACAUCGUCUGGUAUGUCAUCAAUGCUCUUGAUGGCCGCAUCUUUGUAUGUGGAAGCUCGAGAGGCAUGGGCGAAGGUGUAGAGGAAGCUCUUAUCGACGUGGCUAUGGACAAGGGCACCCUUAACUUCGAGGAAGCCAAGGACUUCUGGGCGCAGAAGAGGGACGAUGGUCAAUAUGUUGCAGAAACCUGGUAG